AGGAUGCCGAGGGUCUUAGCCAAGACAGGAAGCUGCACACCCAGCAGCCUUAAAGAGGGAGCAGAGGCAGGGGCGUGGAAUUAGUGUUCAAAAUUUGGCCUGCUGAGUCCACAUAGAGGCACCUGCAGGAUGAAGGCUCUCUCCUUCCUCUUCAUCCCAGUCCUGGGGCUGCUGGUGUGUGGCCAGUCGCUGUGCCCCAUAGAUAAAGCCAUCAGUGAGAAGAUCCAGCAUGUCACCAGCUCCCUAGUUCCUGAGGCAGUGAGGAACAUUGGCCUGGACUGCCAAAGUGUCACCUCCAGGGGGUCCCUGGUCACCUGCCCUUCAGGCUUCGCCGUCACUGGCUGCACGUGUGGCUCUGCCUGUGGCUCGUGGGACGUGCGUGCUGAGACCACGUGCCACUGCCAGUGCGCAGACAUGGACUGGACCGGAGCUCGCUGCUGUCGCCUGUGGAUCCAGUAACCUAAAACUGCGCUUGCGCGGUGCAGGCCUGGGGGCGUGGCCAGGCAUUUGGGGGCGGGGUCACAUCUCCGAGGGGCCGCUGGAAAUAAACCUCCUUGAGA